UGCGUGCGCUGCUUGAUUUGCUCGCCAGUCCGAAGUUUUUUUUUGGUGUGUUGCUGAGAGCUGCUGUAGGGAUGAUGAUGAUGGCGGAGCUGGUACAGGGACAGGCCUCGGUGGCUCAGCCUGGAACGAAAGCAGAUGGCUUCGCCGACGCCUUACACCGGGCCCGACAGCCCUCCCCCUCUUUCUCAUCCCUCUUGUCUCCUCAGAUUGCAGCUAAGAUGGGAGGUGACCAGAUGCCCCACAUGAACAACUCCUCUCCAGUCCUAGACCCCUCUCUCUACGGCUACGGAGGCCAAAAGCGCUCAAUGGAUGAUGGAGUAGGUAACCAGCUAGGUGGAAUGGUACAUCAAAGGGCUAUUAUGACAGAAGACUUCAAAGUGCCUGAUAAGAUGGUUGGAUUCAUCAUUGGAAGAGGAGGAGAGCAGAUCACGAGAAUUCAGUUAGAGUCAGGCUGCAAGAUCCAGAUUGCUGCAGAGAGCGGAGGCAUGAUGGACAGGCCCUGCACCCUAACUGGAAGCCCAGAGAACAUCGAGCAGGCCAAGAGGCUGCUGAGCCAGAUCGUGGACCGGUGUCGAAACGGCCCAGGCUUCCACAGUGAGAUGGACGGCAACAGCGCCAUCCAGGAGAUCCUAAUCCCUGCCAGCAAAGUGGGCCUGGUCAUCGGCAAGGGAGGGGACACCAUCAAACAGCUGCAGGAGAGAACUGGUGUUAAGAUGAUCAUGAUCCAGGACGGCCCUAUGCCCACUGGAGCAGACAAACCCCUGAGAAUCACUGGGGACCCCUACAAAGUGCAGCAAGCACGGGAGCUGGUGGUAGAGAUCAUCCGGGACAAGGAUCAGGGAGACUUCCGGGCCAACAGGGGAGACUUUGGAUCCAGACUGGGGGGAAGCAGUCUGGAUGUGGCAGUCCCCAGGUUUGCUGUGGGCAUCGUCAUUGGCAGGAACGGAGAGAUGAUCAAGAAGAUCCAGAAUGACUCUGGGGUCAGGAUCCAGUUCAAACCAGACGAUGGCAUCAGCCCCGACCGGAUUGCCCAGGUGAUGGGCCAGCCUGAUCGCUGCCAGCAUGCUGUUCACCUCAUCAACGAGCUGGUCCACACGGCACAGGAUCGGGAUGGAUUUGGGGGUCCCGUGGGCCCCAGAGGCCGGGGCAGAGGCCGUGGGGACUGGAGCAUGGGCGCACCCGGUGGACUGCAGGAAGUGACAUACACGAUACCCGCCGACAAGUGUGGCCUGGUGAUUGGGAAAGGUGGCGAAACCAUCAAGAACAUCAACCAGCAGUCUGGAGCGCACGUGGAGCUGCAGAGAAACCCGCCGCCCAACACCGACCCCAACGUGCGCAUUUUCUCCAUCCGCGGCACCUCCCAACAGAUGGAAAUGGCCCGCCAGCUGAUCGAUGAGAAGAUUGGGGCCUCAGGAAUGGGGGGCAACAGCAGUUUUGGUCUGAACCCCUUUGGUCAAGGACCAGCUACCCCUCAUCAGAAUGGACCCCAGACAUUCAUGACAGGUGGAUGGGGCACAACAUAUCAGACAUGGCAGCCUCAGGGCCAGCAGGACCCCAGUCUCAAUGGAUCCCAGACCGACCACAUGGACUAUUCCAAAGCAUGGGAGCAGUAUUAUAAAAAGCUAGGUCAGCAGAGCCAAGCCCAAAGCAGUGGCCCUGACUACAGCAAAGCAUGGGAGGAAUACUACAAGAAACAGAACCAGGCAGCAGGCCCUGGCUCCCAGCAGAGCUCCCCUCCGGAUUACAGUGCUGCCUGGGUGGAGUAUUACAGACAACAGGGGGCCUACUAUGGCCAAGGUGCACAGCAGACACAGGCCCCAGGCCUUCAGGAUCAUUAGAGAGGACGCCCUUUAGUUGAAGAUUUUUCAAUCAUUGAGGAUGAAAACAAACCUUUUGUAACAGGUUUCUAGAUUUGCAACGCCUUGAAGACUUACUUUUUUCUUAGUGAGAAACACUAGCUGUAGACUGACUUAUACAAUAACAAAAAAGAAGAAUAUUUCUAAAUCAGGAACAUUUAAUUGUUACUAAAUCCUUGUGUACACCAUUAUUUUGAAUGGACAAUUCCUGGGAUCCCUUUUGGACUAAUGCGAGAGCUGUUUUGUUUUCUAUUUUUUCCUUUUUGAUUCAAAUGACAUCGCCAAAACGAACCCCGGAGUUGUAACAUUUUAGUAAAUGCAAUAUAAUCUAUUUUUUCUAGUUCUGUUGCAAUAAAAUCGUAAUUAUGGGCUUAGCAGUCUUGAAUACAUUUUUGUUUUGUCAUAAGAUGUUUUAAGAAUGUGUAAAAAUGUUUUUUCCUUUUACAUAAAGCAUUUUAAUUCAGUGAUGAAACUGAUGUUUUGUUACAGGAACGUUUAUUUUGUUACAUAAUACAAAGAGUGAUGUUGGCAAAUGGCAGUCAGUUCCUAAUUUAAUUCCUGUUGUGCUUUGUAUUUUUUUCAUUGUCAUUUUAUUGUACUCUGGUUUAAAAAAAGUAGCAAUAUCUUAUUUCAUUUUUGAAACAAAGAUGGAUUCUCUAAUAUUUUGACAGACAUUUAACUUGUAGUUCUUUAGAUUUUUUUUAAGGCAUAUGAAAAUGUAAUGGGUACUUUUUUUAUUACAAUGAUCUGAUAUUGGAAAAGGGGGAUGUUGCAUAUUGUGAGGUUUUUGCCUUUGCUAUCUUGUAAAACUAUGUAUGUAUGCUCAGAUACUUGACUAAAGACUUUAUUUAAAAUAUAUAUAUAAUUAAAUCUAAGAAGUUUUUUUAAUGGAGUCAUUAUCGCAGGAAAACUGUCCCUGUUCUGUUUUCAUACUGAAAAUGUUCAAAGAUCGUGAAUGUGUCAUUUGAAAUUUGAUGUUGCAUCUUGCUAUGGACAAAAAUGAGAAAUGCUAGGUUUUUAUGUUCGUUCUGUACCUAAAUCGUUCAAGACUGCUAAGCCUCUGGAUUCUACCUGUGUAAUAAUUCAUUGUAGUUUUUUAUAUUCUAAGUAUUACGAUCAAAAUUGGCUUAUUUGGUACCACCCAGUUUCCCUAACGCCCCCUCCAGUACACACUGGACUUGUGUACAGUCCAAUGCUAAACUUUUUAAUUAUUUUUUCUUUCUACUUUGUGUGAUCUCGUAUGUAUGAUUGAUUAGUUACAAUUGAAUCUAGUAUUAACUUCAUUGCUUAAUGAAAAGGGAUAUUAUAAUUUGAAAAUGUUUAAUUUUAGUGUUUUUUUCCCUUGUGUACAGGUAACUGUGUAUUAAAAACGUCAAGACUACCUUUAUUGUGUUCUGUUAAAAGUAUUUAAUUUUGUCGUUUGAAAGCUUUCUUUUGUCUAAUUCCAGUAUGUGAUAACGUUACCAUUGGUUUAAACUGAAACCUUUCCUCAGCUCUAUUGUAAGACUAACAUAUAGUAUCAUCUAGCCUCAAGUAAUCAAAGGUAAAACUAUUGUUUUAUAAACAGAUAUAUAUUUUCUAUAGACCUUUGCCAUUUCUCAAAUAAAUGUUCCUUCUGCAAGCCUC